AUGAACCAUUUGAAUCAAAGUGAACCACUUAAUCUUGCCAAGCAGGACCUCAUUUACACUCGAUGUUAUUGUGAGGAAAAUAUUUACAUGCUAUGCAAACUUAUAAGCGAAAAGGACGAACCUUCUCUCGAGUUUUGUAAUGUUGUGUUUAUAAGUAACCCUAACAAAACAAUUCCAGUAUGGAGCCAAACCGCCUGCGUAGAUGCAUAUCCUGUUGUCUGGGAUUAUCAUGUUAUUUUGUAUUAUUACGAUAAUGUUAGAUCAGUAGUCUAUGACUUUGAUUCUAUUUUACCAUUUCCAUGUGCUUCUGAAGAAUAUGUGAAGAAAUCAUUUUAUCCAAAUCUUGUAAUUCCAGACAUGUUCAAAAGAUACUCUCGAUUGAUUCCUGCUGUCGACUAUUUACGUGGAUUUGCCUCUGACCGAAGCCAUAUGCUAAAGGAUGGUUUAUAUCAUGCCCCACCACCAACUUACCCGGCAAUUAAAACGCCAAAGAACACUAUGAACCUUCCCGAGUAUAUUGAUAUGGAAUAUACCGUUGAUCCAAUCUACGGUGUUGUAGUUGAUGAAAAUACAUUCUUUAAAGCAUUGCAAUACCGCACAUAA